UAGGUAUAUGGAUCCACUCAAUAUAACUAAAAUGGCAUGUCCUGCACUACCGUUAUGCCCUUUGGCAAUAGCAGAAGCUGAGCAUGGAAUUUCUGACAUUCUCAAGUGGGUUUGAGCUGUAUUUGAUAAGGUUGGCCUCAAGUACAAUGAGUCAGUGGUAAUAAGGGUAACUGGAUGCCCUAAUGGUUAUGUCAGACCUUAUAUGGCUGAGCUUGGACUGGUUGGUGAUGGACCCAACAUGUACCAGGUCUGGCUCGGGGGAACGCCUAACCAAACCUCACUAGCAAAAUGUUUCAUGAAUAAGGUGAACAUUCAUGAUCUAGAAAAGGUUUUAGAGCCAUUGUUCUACAACUGGAGGCACAAAAACCAACAGGGAGAAUCUUUCGGUGAUUUCACAACCCGCUUGGGCUUUGACAAACUGAAAGAGACAGUUGAGAAGUGGGAGGGAAUAGCAAAGGCACCGACAUGAUUUAAUCUAAAGCUUUUUACUGACAAAGACACAUACGAAGCCAUGGAUGAACUUGCAAAGCUGCAGAACAAGACUGCUCAACAACUAGCCAUGGAAGUCAUCCUCAACUUUGUUGCCGCCUAGCAAAAUGGCAAAAGUAAAUGAUCAGCCCCUUUUUUCAGCCUUUG